CUCCUUUGCACUUGGUAAGUAAAGUUGGAAACCACGAUGGUAUGCUGGAUAGAUUUCUAGAGGCUUGCCCUGAAUGUGUUCUAGACGUUACGACUAAGAACCGCACUGCUUUGCAUAUUGCAACCAAAAAUAAGAGACUGGACGUUCUUCAAGUUCUAAUCCGAAUGCUUCGAAAGAAAGACAAAGACUAUUAUCGGGAAGUGGUGAACCGGAAAGACGAAGAUGGCAAUACUGCACUUCACAUAGCUGCUGGCAAUAAUCAACCUCAGAUGCUCAGAUUACUAUUAGACUGCAAAGCUAAUAAGCAUGCCACCAAUCAGGCUGGUUCGACGGCACUGGAUGUUGCAAUAGGGCAAAGUUACAGAGAAAGCAUCAGUAUUCUGCGGGGUUGCUGUAUUCCAAGAGUUUCAAACUUUAAAUAUAAGAUGGAGAAACAAAUCGCCAAGUAUCUAACCAAGGCAUCGUCACUAAUUUUUUCGGAUAUGGAUAAUAUAUCAGGGAAGACCGCAAUGCUUUACUAGUAAUUUUAGGACUGCUUCUUACGGUAACUUUUCAAGCCGCUCUUAGCCCGCCCGGUGGUGUCUGGCAGGAUGAAAGUUCCUCAGAGUCUAAAGGGUCGUAUGAUCGAUUAUCAUUGGGGAUGUCAGUCUUGCCUCAAUACGAAUUUCUUUUAUUCUAUGUUCCGACCUAUGUGGUGUUCAUCGUUACCUUUUUCCUAACACUAGCCCUGCUCAAACCUUUUCCCAAUGGUUUCCGGACAACACUUCAAGUACUACUCGCAUUUCUUGCAAUAUGCUUUCACCGAUCAAUAAUUAUCAUAUCCUCGGCCUAUUCAACAGUCACAGUUAUCAAUAUAU